GACACUGUUCUUCCAGCCCGGACCACGGCUCUUCAGGUGAGGAAACUGCUCCUCCAUUGCUGCGUAGAUGGACGCCAGGCUGAGUUUCCGGGAGGGGGAGGACAAUAUGACUUUGGCGAUGAGGGCAAUAUAGGAGAGCAAGGGCUUUGAGGGGAGAUGUGCAUCCUCAGGAGAGGGAUUGUCUGAGCAGCUCCUCAUGUUAGCUGGAAGAUGGAUUGGGUUAGUGAGGACUGCAGGCAUUUCUUGUUCAGUUAAUUCUCUGCUGCACUGCGAUGUCUUCGAGUCACAUGCUUCUUUUUGUUCCUGCCCAUAUGAAUUCUCCAUCAGAUGUUGUCUUGUUCUAACUUGCUCUGUCUUCAUGCUUUAUUUUCAAGUCUGUGUCAGAUCCCGUGUUCCUUUGACACAACGCUGGACUGAGUUAUUAUCGUACCUGAAGGUUUUUCCAUGCUUUUAUACUAUUCAUAUCCAAGUCAGGGCGUGGGGGGGGGGACACACACACACACCAUUCUUCAGUUAAGACACAACACUAUUACUCAUUUUUGAAAUAUCUAUUUUAUUUGGUCAACGAGAUUAAGAAUUGACCACUUUGGUCAUGGCUUGGGCUUGACAUGCCACUCUGUCACAGCUGUGAGAUAAACACAGGAAGUUAAUACAAACACAUUGUUGCACAACUGUGAACUGUGUAAUUCUUGAACCCACAGUUAAGUCUUGAUAUGGAAUACGCCGAUAAAAGAGCAUACUUAUGUGAGGAUGUUGUGGUUCUUCACAAUGUCAGGCUUUCGCAGUCAUUGCACCAGGGUGUUAAUGGUCGGUCAAGGGAAAUGAUUUUGGAGGAAAGCAGUAUGUCAGGGCCAUUCGUCUUGUUUUAGACCUCAUGUGGUCAAUUUUAGGCAAAAAAGAAACAAAACAGCUGCCUUGGGAAAUCCCAUUCCUAUAGCGCAAAUGUCAUUAGAACUCCUCAGAGAGCAAUUGCUGUAGUAAACAAAACAGAUGAGCUUUUGGGAUAGUUUUGCAGUAAGGAAAAGAGAUCAUAUUUGAUCUAUAUUGUAGGGUUAGGGUUAGCUUGGAUCAGUAUACAUAGUUUUAGUCCCCUCUCACCUAUUUAUAGUGUUGGCCCUUGCAACAAAGUCAUCUGUAACUCGACGCCAUCUGUUAAAUCAGAGCAUGUUGAAUGUCAGUUGCCAGAAGCAGAAUCACUGCAGCUCAUUUCCCGCUGACUCCCUCACCAAGUGCCCCAUGGAGUGUGUGGGACAACCAAGACUUUCCAUGGCCUGUAACCUCCUGGAAGUACCGGGCCUCAGCUACUCGGAUUUUGACGGGGAUGAGGGUGAAGUGGUUAUCGGCAUCAGGCCCAGAUUUUCACCUCAACCACGGAGAAAGAGCUCUAUCACCGACGAUGACUCAGAACCUGAUCCUCCCUAUUGCAGCUCAAGGAGAGUGUCCUUUGCAGACGCCAAAGGCCUCAGUUUGGUACAAGUGAAGGAGUUUGACACAUGGGCUGUUCCCAAACUGCCAGGGUAUGAUUCAUCUGAGGGCGACGGUAAUGAGGCCAAGGAAUACUACCUGUCUCCUCUCACCUUCUCUCUUCCCUUACCUACCGAGGAGCUGCUCGUCAAAGUGCGAGACCAGAAAGUGGAAUUGGAGUCAAUUGAGUUACUUCCAGGGACCACAAUACUGAAAGGUGUGAUCCGUGUCCUCAACAUCUCCUUCAGUAAGACAGUUUAUGUCCGAACUACUUUGGAUGCCUGGUCCAACCACUUUGACCUGCUGGCAGAGUACAACCCUGGUUCUAGUGAUGGUCUGAUGGACUGUUUCUCAUUUAUGCUAACAUUAGUGCCCCCAUUUGGCAAGCAGGGUGUCAGAGUUGACUUUUGUCUGCGGUAUGAAACUCCUGUGGGGACAUUCUGGGCUAACAAUAACCACAGGAAUUACGUGCUGUUCUGUCACCAGAAAAUGAAAGACAGACCACAGAAGGACAAUGAGAGCAAAAAAGGCUGCCUCAAGGCUGUCAGUCAGAUCUACUCCUCUGAGGAAAACAUUUCCGGCUCAGAUGCAUCAUCACAGGAAAGUAUCUCAGCAGAUGAAUUGAAACUUGGUGAGGAAGUGAACUCUAUGAAAGACAGGCAAAGCUCAGAUGAUCGGUCAAAAACAACUGGAGAAGGUGAACAGAAAUUAGAGACUGAAAAUAGACCAUUCAUCAGCCGACGAAGUGCCAGAAAGGCCGCACGGUUAGCCCGGGUGAGGGACCAUUUUGCUCAAAGAAGUAAAGAAGGGAGUGACACUGAAAGAGAAGAAACACCUCCAGAAGUAAAGCAGACAGCACAAGAAGAAAAGCCACAGGAGGAGCACUCAAAUGUGCCACCGUUUUCUGAGGAGAACAGUAAAUCAGAAGUUUCUUCGUUUGCUUCCAACUCCAUGGGAGUCCGCAAAUCCCUUGUUGACGUUCCACGUGACUUUUUGCAGGCAAGUCACAACAUAGCUUCCAAUGAACCGGAGAAAUGUGAGAGCAACGAAAUGGAUGACUUGGCCACAGGAGGUGUGAGUGUCACAGAAAUCCCAGACAACCCACUGCGUUUAAAUGACCAGCCUACUCAUGCCGAGUGGCAAAAUGUAACCAUGUCUGCCUCCAGAGCUGAGGAGGAAAGUCAGAUGCAAAACACAUGUCAUGGACCUGUGAACAACACUGCACCUGAUCCAGGUGUUACUUCAUCAGAGAUCAGCGAGAACCCCGUUGGUCAGAACAACCGUUUCACAUUCGGAACUGUGGUGGCUCCUCUGUAUCAUCAGAUGCUUGGCAGAGAGGGAAGUGAAAGACAAAGCACAGCUGACAGGGGAAGUCCUGUAAGGGUCACACUGAGUACUGGCGAUUGGAGAAAAGAGAGUUGCUGUACUGGUUCAACUGGUGUUGGACAUGACACAGUUCAGGGAAAUGUGAUGAAUGCUCAAGAAUCAAACCAAAGUCCCUCCAAUGUGGAGGAACAGAGAAGUGACAGCGUGAUGGCAGAAGAUGUCCUGGAUCCUCCAGCUCAGAUUAUACAGUCAGACCACAGAUGCACAAAUACAGCUGAAGACCCAAUUGUUGUAUCUGGAGAUACAGAAGUACAUCAACACUGUGGAAACCUUUUAAGCACUGAUACACUGAGUGCACAAAUACCCCCUCGGAGGUUACAUCUGCGGGGAAAAUCACAGGAAGAUACCAAACCUUGUGACUUCCAGAACCAAACUACAACAGAAAGAAAAAUUGAAACUAAUAUAAAUAAAACGGUUUUACAAACUGAAUCUCAACAAGUCAGGCCCACUAUAGGACCAUCGUUCGCUAGCAGUGAGACACACCAAGAAACCAGGAGCGGUGGAGAAUAUGACUGUCAGUGUGUAAAUGAGUCAAACUCAGAGGCUGAUAUUGGCAAAGAUGAUACAGAAUCAAUAACCAAUUCAUCUCCAAAGUUGGAUAACCUUUUAGAAGCUUUGUAUGAUUUGAAUUCUGAUCAAAUACAUCGUUCAGAUUUCUCCACACCUGGGUCAUGUCAGGAAACUAAGAACGAAACUAGUUAUGUGGAAGAACAAAAUGAGAUGACUAACCAUGAAGAUGAAUCUCAAAAUUCUGCUGAAACUGAGGUUAGUGAUGAGGCAACAUGUGAUGAUGACAUGUUUGUGAAGCUGAAAGAUGAAGACUCUUUAAUGGAUGAACCAAGAUCAGUGUUUUUAAAACAGGAGGAUAUUACUUUAGCAGACACUACUGAUGUAAAAAAGUGGGAAAUGAUGGUUGAUGAGGAGGAGAGGACUAUCUUACUCAGUCAUGAGGAAGUCGAGGCAAUGAGAUCAGACACUGAAGCAGAUCAAGGAGGGCAGUUAGAGGACACAGUGAUAGGUACAACAUUAGAAAAAGAAAGAGGGAAAACACUCGGAGAAGUGUGUGAGGCUCUCACAGCUGCAGGAGUGUAUGAUGGCACGGCUGAAGAUGCUGUGAUGUUAGAGGACAAGGGUAGAGUGGAAGAGGAAGAAACGUUGGAGGCUGUGGCUGGAAUAGAAUAUGUUCAAGCCACACAGACAGUAACAACAGCUACAGGUGAGGAACAACAAACUGGGGAGGAUGAUCAAACCAGUGUCCAAGAGGUAAAGAAGAUAGUGAUAGAAGAAGAGAUUAAAACAAGAGAAGAAAAGACAGGAGAUGAGGAGAUCAUUGGUGAUGAAGCAGGAGACUCAGACGAUGUAAAUGCGGAGUCAGUCGGCAUAACAACAGAUGACAGGGGAGAUGAGGUGAGGUGUUUUGAAGCGAGUUUAGACAUUACACAAAACAAUGGUGAGGAUGCUUUAUCUCCUAUGAUGAACAGUGUUCAGAAGAAGAGAGUAACUGGCAGAAAAAGGGAGAGGGUAAAUGCACACAUUCCACCUGAAAUCGAUCUUUACAACAAGGAGGAUUUUCAAAGCAGUGAGCACGUUAGACAUGACCGAUCACACGGAGACUUGUGCUCUGUCACCGAUGAACCUGAAAGUGACCAAACAAACCAUAACAGUGCGUCAUCUGAGUCCGACUCAGACGACGAGGUGGAGUUGUACAUGCACUGUCUGAGGGCUGUUCACACUGGGGCUCAGGCCACUAAAGACAACGACACAGGGUUUAGUGCGGGCAAAAGGGGCUCUAUGAGCAGGAGGAAGUCACUGCCCACGCCCAUGCCUUCCAUCUGCGAGUCUCUGGAUGAAGAACCACACUUCGGCGGCUUUCAGGACAACCAUGAAGACCUGAACCCAGCAGAGUUCCAACCUGCACCUGCAGCUGCAGCUGCAGCGCCAUCAGUGUCAAGUGGACAGGAAAGCAACAGUAGCGAUGUGUCAUGGUGGAAAGAGACUUUUUCCUGCAGCAAUGUUUCCAAAACUUUGUUAUACACUACACUGUUAGGGGCGUUUCUAGUCGUGGCAUACCACUAUGAUUUUCUUGCCUGUUUUGUGCUCUACUUGAUAUCAAUAGUCUGGCUCUACUGUCAACGAGAGCAACAGCCGUCGAAGAACAACAGCAGAAUGGAAUGAAUUAAGUUUUUGAAAUCGUAAAUGAAAUAUAUCAGUUUUAGUUGUGAAACUAUUUAACACAGACUUCUAUGGUUUUCUUCACUUAAAAAUAGUUAGUAAUGGUCUAAAGAGAACAAUAGCAUACAAUAAUGGGCAUUGAUUUAAAGCAAUGGUUCUCAAACUGUGGUACGCAAGCUUCCUCUGGUGGUACUACAGAAAU